GUUACUUAUUCUUCCAUAGCUUACAACUAACUGUUCAUUUUUGGCUUAGAUUUCAGAACUUUUAGGUGGAGGUAUAAACUUAUAGACAAAAAAUUGGAUAUAAACAAUAAAAAGAAAUUAUGGAUCAAAACCAAGUAAGAGCUCUUCACAACUGUCAUCGUGACCUCUUACGGGACCUUGAGGUCGAUAGGUCAUUCCUUCUGUCCUUGUACAUUGACAACAUCAUCACAGAAGAACAGAAAAAUGAAAUUAUGGAAGAAAAAGCACGGAGAGGAAAAUGUGCGAAACUUUUGGAAAUCAUACCUCGCAGAGGACCCCGCUGUUUUCCUAUCUUUGUGGCUAAAAUAAGGAAAGAUUACUCAUGGAUUGCUGAAAAACUUGAAAAGGAACUAACAAAAGAAAGCAAAAAUUUACCGAGAGAUGUAAAUGACAAGUUGACCAAAGUCAUUAACAAUGAAGUUUGCCCUAUGGUUUAUGGUUAUGAAAGGAAUAUCAUUACACCUUCCAAUAACCACCCUGGACAAACAGUCGGUCGGCUUUCAGAGUUGAUGUCUGCUCUCAAGUAUAGAAGUUUACGUGCCCUUGAAAUGUCAACCAAGGACAGAAGCAUUGAAGAAGAGUCCUUGCCAGGACUUAUAUCCAGAAAAGUUCAGUCUUUGCAUGAUGAUGUCAAUGGAAUGAAAACAGAAUUACAUAUGGAGAGAAAGAAGAUAAGAGCAAGAAAUACUGAUGAUCAAAAGGUGAACAAAGACAUCACUAAACUGAAGAAAGAUCUCCACAAACACAGAGAAUCAAACAAGAAAAUGGAAUCAACCGUGAAAAAUAAAGACAAGAAAAUUAGCAGUUUACAAAACUGCAACCUUCAUCUAGAAAAGGAAAACUUAGAUUUAAAGGCUAGAUUAGAAGAACUUGAAAAGUCAGAAAAGCCACAAACACAGAGAUUCGGUUCAGCGACUACACACGGAUCGCAGGGGAUUACAACAAUAUCAGAACUUUUUGACAACAACUAAGACAACCGUGUAAAAAAUAUUGUCUCAAUAAUAUAUAUAACUUUUUUAUUAAAAGUAAGGGCCAAAGAUCACCAUUUCUUUUAAAGACGUGUAUUGGCUGGUAUCUUGAUGAAUCAUGCUAACUGUGGAUUCAUCAUUAUUCGUUGGAUAUCAAUUUUUGUUGACUUUAAGGGUAAAGGUAAACCACCAAUCUAAAAUUUAAAUUACAAAGUACAAAUGUUAUAUAGGCAGAAGGCUUUGAUGCAGACUUUGGCAAAUCCAAAUAAACAGCUGUGCCACGAACGCAUGAUAUGCCCGUCGUCUUGUGUGUAAAGUUUUAAGCAAUAAUCAUAAAUCGUUUUUGAGAUACGGCACGACAUGUGAAAAAAACACCCCCCUGUUUUAGUUACAAAAUCCCAUAACUUAAAAAGUUUUUAUUUUAUUUUCACCAAAAAGUAUACAGAUUGUCUGACCAUCAAAAGAAACAACUAUGUUAAGUUUCGUGAAAUUUGGAUAAGUCAUUCUCAAGUUACAGUGCAACAUGUGGACACAGGACAUUUGAAUACCAUAGUACGUCCCGUCAAAAUUUUGACCGACGUAUAAAAAUCAAGUAUUCAUGAAAAUAAAAUUUCCCUCUAUCCACGAAAAUUGGAAUCCACGAAAAAUAAAUGACUCCACAGUAUCUGAAAUCAAUCAAAAAGUAAACUUGACAAAGAGGUUCUUGAAAAACUACUUUAUUUGUUUAUAUUGGAUGGACAAGAAUACAUUCAAUAUCCAGAGUUGUAGACUGACUUGCCAUCUAUUGUUUUUAUGUUUUUAUGUUUUAUGUCUUCAUUCAAUAUUUAGAAUUGUAGACUGACUUGCAAUCUAUUGUUUUUAUGUAUUCAUUCAAUAUCCAGGAUUGGAGAUUGACUUGCCAUCUUUUGUUCUUAUGUAUUCAUUCAAUAUCCAGAAUUGAAGAUUGACUUGCUAUAGAUCUAUUGUUUUUAUAUUUUUAUAAGUUCAUCCAAUAUCCAGAAUUGGAGAUUGACUUGCCAUCAUUUGUUUUUAUGUAUUCAUUCAAUAUCCAGAAUUGGAGAUUGACUUGGCAUCUAUUGUUUUUAUAUUUUUAUAAGUUCAUCCAAUAUCCAGAAUUGGAGAUUGACUUGCCAUCUAUCGUUUUUAUUUUCAAAUUCAUGGCACAUAUUUUUAGGAUAAAAUUGCUAUUAGAUGAGAAAUAUUCUAAUCAUAAAAAUUGGAAUAAAAUAUAUGGAUGAAUGGCAACACAUAUGUUUUCAUUUGGCAUAUAAUUUAAGAUAUGUAUGGCAUGGGACAAAGUCUCUUUUAGACAUUAGUAGCUAUUUAAACUAGAGGCUCUAAAGAGCCUGUGUUUAGAGCCUGUGCGGCUCACCUAGGCCUAAGAUCAUUUUCAACAAUGGACUCUCUCCAACAUAGUGGACUAGAAUAAUAUUCAUGACAAAAUUAAUUUUUUUUGUUAAUCUUGUGUUGCUGAUAAUUUUUUCUGUCUAAUAUAGUUUUUCAGAUAUUAGGCAAAUAUAAAAUAAACUGCCUCACCGAGCACAGCUGGAUACGACCGCAGAGGUCCAACCCUGAACAGUGGGGGCAAAAAUGGACACAAUAUUCAAGCUUGAUACAGGUCUGAAUUUGGAUUGUAAUUAAAUAUUUGACACAUUAUAGGUUUCUGACACAGAAUAAAUGUAGUCAAAGAACUUGAAAUUGGUUGUAUGAUUUGAAUUUAUAUUCAAUUGAAGAUUUCUUGCUGUUGUGCAAUACACUGUGCUGUUGCGCAAUGCUUAGUAAAUCUGUUUUCAGACUAUAUACAAAGAAUUAGCAAAAUAAAUUGUGACCCUCAAUUUUUUUCUUCGAAAAAUUGACAAUUUCUUAAAUCUUGAGGGAAAAAAAAUUGAACCCCCCCCCCAAAAAAAAAAUUUUUUUUUAA